GGGUGGAGUGGUGUGAUGUCGCCAGUGAUGGAUGAGACAGCAGGGGAUCUCCCAGUCAGAGACGUGGGACUGAUGAGGAGCGGACUGAUGCCAACUGCCCCAGAUACUCUACGUGACGUGAAGCCAUGGAAGAAGCAUCACGUCAUGAAGUCAAAAUCAGACCCUCAGCGCCUGUUUCGGUUUCCCCGAGAGCACCUGGAGGACCUGUGUCUCAGACUGCAAGAGGAAAACAGUGUGCUAAGACAACACACUCGUACCCAGGAGCAGAGGCUACGCAGGAUGUCCACCAGACUGAUGCGUCUACGUCAGGCCCGUCCUGGGUCCAGUGCUGUGAAGGACAGGGACAUGGAGGACACCAUACAGGAGCUGGAAGCCCGUGUGGCUAUGCUAGAGAGCCAGAAAGGGGUGCUGCAGAACAAAUUGAGUCUGGCCAGGCAGCACAUUAUGGACCUUGGGGGGCGCACACCAUAUAAAUUCAGUAAAGGUAAGGGUAUGGAAGUGGAGGGCGGAGUCAGGAGGGCAGCACAGACAGCCCCGCCCCGAUACGGCCCCAUCCUGGAGGACACCAGGGCAGAGAUGGAGAGAUUGUCCAGUGUGACAGAGCAGGUGAGGGCUGCAGAGCUGGAGCUGACAGCCCAGGCACUCAGAGACACGCUGAAAGAGAAAGAGAAAGAGAUAGAGGGAACCAUGAGAGAGAUGAGGAAGCAGCAGGCUGACAGACACAGAACAAAUAUUAGAGAGAACGUGGAUAUCAUACGUCUACAACGGCAACUUACAGACAAAAGCACUGCCCUGAGGGUCACCCAGGAGAAGUUCAACAACCUGCAAGAGGCGUAUGAGAAUCAGCUGGAGGAGAGUCAGAGGUCACUGAGAGAAAGCCAGGCAGCUCUGCUGGAGAAAGUGGAGGAACUGACUGGACAGCUGAAGCAGGAGAGACAGAGAGCGCUGGCACUGGAGGGACAACUUACCACCACUACCCUGUCUCUGCACACCCUGGACAAACUCCAGGAGAGGAUAUCAGACGUGGAGGUGGAGAGGGAUCUUAUUAAAGAAAACUAUGAUACUCUGCUAGAGAGUACAUUAUCUGUGCGAAGCAGCCACGAUGGCCAGUUGAAACAACACAGAGAAGUGAACCAGAGGAGGGAGGACCAGGGAGAAAACGUCAGACAGAUGGACACCAUCCAGAGACUGGAGGAGAUGCUGCAAGCAGAGAGGGGGGAGAGGAGCAGGCUGGAGCUGGAGAGGGAGAAACUGAGGCGAGAGAAGGAGAUACUAGAGGAGCGAGAAAGAGAGUUAUCUACGAUGACGAGGGACAAUCAAGGGCAUCUGGAACAGGAAGUUAUCAAGUACAGAGAGCAAAUUUCUGCUCUGCAGGACAGGCUGGACUCUGUCACCAAGGAGUUUGAUAUGAGUGUCGAAGACCUUAGUGAAACUCUCAUACAGAUCAAGGCAUUUCGGAUGCAGCAGGAGAGCAGGGCGGGGCUGAAUUUCCUCUGGGCUGAUAGGAAGGUGGAGGAAUCGCCCCGUGAUCUGGCAAACAUCCAGGCAUCGCAUGCUGAGACUGUGCUGGAAUUACAGAAAACCAGAAACCUUCUACUGCUCGAGCACCGUAUCAGUAAAGACCUGCAGGAAGAGUUGAACACAGUCAACCAGAGGAUGGGGACAGACAGGGAGGAGAGCAGGAGGAGGAUGGCAGAGAAAGACAAACUUUUAUCAAAAAGAGCUCUUCAGAUCAACACUUUACAAGCUCAGUUGAAAGAGUUGGCAUACAGCCCUAGGAACUACAAACGGACCAUACCAAUCCAGUACACCUGGCCAGCUGGAGACCAGGAGGUGGUACAGCCCAUUGAGGACGACUUGUCCUUUGCUCAGCUGAGGGCUGGGGAGUCACUGCUCGAGAUCCACCUGAAGGCCGCCACCUUCACCCCAACAGGACUUCGUACCUUGGGCAGCAUCCGUCAUGAAGACAUUGUGACCUUCUGCACCUAUAGCCUCUUGGACUUUGAGGUGCACUCCACUCCUCUGGUGUCAGGCAGCCAACCCAACUACGGUUUCACGUCCCGCUACGCUCUAACACCCCGAGAUCUGGGCAGGCUGGGAGGUCAGGGGUCAAGGGUCAGAGUGGAGCUCCACCAGGCGUUGGGAGGGGUCCGGUUUGUGACACAUGGAAGUGGGCAGAUGUCCCUCAUGGGGGCCAUGGAAAGGAGAGGGGAGCGUGUUGGUGGACAUGUCAAUAUCACAGGCUCAGAGGGUGCACUUGUUGGUGUUGUGGAUUUCUGGGUGCGCAUGUUUCAUCCUGCAGAGCCCGUAGGCGCCGUGGCAGAGAGAGGAGCUGACAGACCAGCGGCGCACAGGAGGCCUGUUCAGGUCUCUCUCGGCUGGCAAGAUACUGGUCAUGAGGAGUUGCAUGACUACGGUGGAGGGAUCCCCAAUGAGUUGGUGGUUGUGUUGGAACGUUGUGUGGGCCUUAGUGCUCGCUGGCCUGGACUUCUUCCUGAUGCCUACCUGACAUACAGGUUCUACGACCUGCCGCCUCACGUCUCUCAAACAGUCCAGUCCAGCGCUGACCCGGUGUUCAGUGAUACCACCAGCUACCCACUAGCAGUGACGGCUGAUGUGUUACACUACCUGAGGUCCAGCAGUUUGUGGGUGUAUGUGUUUGAUGACAGCGAUGAUCAGAUACCACCAGCCUAUCUGGCCAAGACCCCCAUCCCACUGCGAGCCCUGGCUACAGGCAGGGAGGUCAGAGGUGACUAUGUAAUGAGGGAUCCAGCUGGUGGACCUCGGGGCAUGGUCAGGAUCAUGAUUAAAUGGAAGUACCCCUUCCAGCCAUCGGUGGAUACUGUGCUGGGUAGACAGGGACCUCAGGACAGAGGAAUGGAAAGCACUUACCGGGAGGAGAGGAGGAGAGAGGAGGCUGAAGCAUCACAGAGGCCAAUAGCCAAGCCAAGAGCAAAGCCUCAGCCUCCACCUGUGAAACAGAAGAGCUCACAGAGCAUACAACAUGAGCAACCCCCUGUGAAACCUCUGGCCUCAGAUAGGAAGAGAUCCACCAAGAGGUCAACUGACCUUUACCAGGCCACUCCCCAUCUGACGCCUGAGCCAAGACUGACCACACCCUUACAUUUGCCAACAGGAAAAUCUUCACCCACCACACCAUCGAGGAAAAGCUCAGCCAGCUCAGCCAGGACUCAGGACCUUCCCUCUAUGGAUCUGGUGUCAAUGGAUGAGGAGGAGGAGGAGGAGGAGGAAGAGGAGAGGAGGAAGAGUGCUGCUGCAGGCGACAAUGAAGCCCCCGAGUCUUCAGAGUCAAGUUCCUCACAAAGCGACAUUAUCAUCAUUCCACCAAAACGGAAAAUGAGGAAGGGAAACAAGCUGAGAGUCGAGAUUCUGUCCCUGUCGUUCGAACCGUCCUCCAACGUGGCGCUGGAUAAGUCAGUGCAGCGUGUUUAUGUGGAAUACCGGCUGCUGGGCGUCCCGAUGGAGACGACAGAAACACCCAUGUCCCUCCGCAAACCCACAGAGGGAGAGGAGAUCCACUACAACUUCACAAGAGUGAUUUAUGUGGAUGGUUCACAGUCAGCUCCACUCAGACAGUAUCUUUACACCAUGCUGGAGGGCACCGACCCCAACCAGGGGAGGUUAAAGUUCACAGUUGUCAGUGAGCCGAUGGACGAUGAGGAGGACUGUUUGGAUGUGGGACACGCUUUCCUGGACCUGAAGGAACUGCUCCUCACUGGAAAUGAUGUCAGCGACCAACAAAUUAAUAUCUUGAGUGUGGAUGAAGACAAGGAGGUGAUAGGACAUCUGAAAGUGUCUCUGGAAGCAGCAAAAGCUCUGACUGGGAUUUACCAAGAGUAUUACCAGAAAACGGAGACGAAGAAAGAAGAUGCGACAGAUGAAGAAGAAGAGGAGGAGGAGGAAAAAGAGGAAGAGAAGAAAAGAGAUCAGAUACCAGUGAUAGAUUAUGAUGAUGAUAGUGACUUCAAGGAAACUAUGAAGCCUGUGAGCCACCAGCAGGCCAGCCAGCUGCUCCAUAACAAGUUCGUUGUGGUGCUGGGAGACUCGAUCCAGAGGGCUGUCUACAAGGACCUUGUUCUGCUGUUGCAGAAGGACAAAUAUCUCUCCCUGAGACAGCUCAGGAGCAAGGGUGAGAUGAGCUUUGAACAGGACUGUCUGGUGGAAGGAGGUUGUCUCAGUGAAAUGCACAACGGAACGGCGUACCGGGAGGUUCGACAGUUUCAGUCUGCCCACCACCUGGUCCGCUUCUACUUUGUAACUCGGGUUUACUCUAGCUACAUGAAGAGCAUCCUGGAAGACUUCCGCCAUGGUUUGAAACCAGAUGUAAUCAUAAUGAACUCCUGCGUUUGGGAUAUUUCUAGAUACAAUUCCAAAUGGAUGGAUGACUACAAAGAGAACCUCCAUAAGUUCUUUGGUGAGCUGAAAGGGAUUCUGCCUGAGGAAACGCUGGUCGUAUGGAACCUCACCAUGCCCUUAGGAGAGAGUAUCAAAGGUGGUUUCCUGGUGCCUGAGAUUGAACACAAGGCUCCCCAGCUGCGUUACGAUGUGAUAGACGGCAACUUUUACAGUGGUACUCUGGCUGAUGCCUAUGGGAUGGAUGUGCUGGACCUCCACUUCCAGUUCCGCUUCUCACUGCGUCAUCGUACCAACGACGGCGUCCACUGGAAUGCCAUCGCCCACCGCAGGAUAACCUGUCUGCUGUUGCAGCACACUGCACAGGCCUGGGGUGUUCAUAUGCCAUGUCCAGUGGCGACUGUUGAGCCUCCUGAGGUUACUGAUCAGCAGUCAGCCAAAGGAAAUGCUACCAAACCUGCAGCUUUGAGAACUAUCCACAAAAACAUCACCAUGAGGCUCCUGGACCUGUCAGACAUGCGUACAGACCUUUCCUACCGCCACCGCAUCACCUACCUGUCCAUGGACACAAUAGAAAUGGUUACUACAACAGGCCUCCCCUCCACUUUGGGCCCUACAGCCAUGACCAUCAUCAGCAUAUUUACAAGGAGUGUCACCAGAAAACGGAGGCAGAGAAAGAAGACGAGACGGAUGAAGAAGAGAAAAAAAAGAGAUCAGAUAGCAGUGAUGGAUCAUGAUGAUGAUUGUGACUUCUGAAAACACUUUGUAUGAGCUUAACAGAGGUUGUUUCUGUGUGUUUCCUGUCACAACCUUAAGCCUCUUCAACCUUCAAAGAAAUUAAGUAAUAAAAAUUAAUUUUUGGAUGGUA